UAAUCGAGGCAGGCUGAGCCCAUACUUUUUCCUUUUUCACAACUUGACAAGCUUUGAGCAGUAGUUGUGUUAGUGGUAGUGUCCCGGUGGCGGAAGGCUUGCUAGCUAGUCGGUUCAGUGGUGAUCCUUUUCUGAGCUAGUGUCGAUAAAACAAUGCGUCGCAGAAAAAAAUAAAUGCCCCGGUUGCUGGCAGUGAUGAUAUCCGUGUCCUAACCUUAACAUCGUUUUCUGUGUGGAGUGGUCGAAACGUGCUUUUCCUAUUCCUCGGUACGGGCACUUCAAUCGAGCCGAUCAAGCAUCGACAGACAAUUAUCAAAACUGGGCGGUGAAAUCACGGUGGGAACAAUUUAAUCCCGACCACUUGGGCUUGGGUUUACCGUUGGUUGUCGAGGCGAGGAAUUUCGCGAUACAGACAAGCACACGGCCGUGCUACUGGGUAAUUGCUCUGAUAGUGGUGAAUUGAGUGCGUACCAUAUUGAUAAAGUAAUUAGAAGUGUGUUGUGCUUGCGUCUGUCGAGGAAGUAUCCACUUGAGCUGAGCAGUGAAGUGGGAGCGAAAAAGACUACAGCACACGCUAAGGGUGGUUGUAUGGAGCAUCGUUAAGAGUUGUGACAAGCAAUGAUGACCCGAACGAGGUACAUCUGGAUGAUGAAAUCGAGCGCGUCUUCGGUACGACCGCCGAGAAGGAACGUUUCGAACUGAACCGCCUGCAGGACGAAGUCAUCCUGGACAACUCGCCGCUCAAGUACGACGAAGCGCAACGCGUCCCGGACAGCGCGGACCGCCAAAUGCAUCAAGACACCACGUCGAGCGCCAGCAACACUAGCAACACCGCGCCAACCGCCAACAACAACACCACGAUCAGCAACAAACCCAGCAACACCAGUGCGCACAGCAAUGAGAGCCGCAAGCCGCCGGUAUCAUCACCGCCGACCACCGCCCCGACCAGCCCGAUCUCGUUCUCGUCCAAGAGCGAGACGACGGACACGAAACCCUCGACGGCCAACAACACCACGCUAGCGGACAACACGUCGAACGAUUUCAGCGAAACCGUACACGAUGAGCCGGUGGUCGAUCAGGGCACGGUCCAGGGUGAACAGUGGGAUACGAGCGCAAGGAGAAACGUGCACUUUGACAAGGAAAACAAGGGCGCUCCGAUCGAUGGCCUACCGCUAGAGGACACCAACGAAGAGCGUCGUCGACGAACGGAGAAACUACUGCAAAGCAAACCCGUCCGUAGCAAAAGACGCCACCAUCCGCACAAGUCGCGGAAGUUUUCGCUGCAGGAGUAUCACCCGGAAUGGCGACGGCAGAGCGGAACCGAGGGUGGUCCAACCGGGCGCCGAAUCUCGGUCCAGCCGGAGGACGCCACGCUGCAAGAGGCCGACAUCGACGAGCUGACGUCCCACCGGUCGGACGAUCCGCGCGCGUUGCGCCGGCACAAGGUGAGCGCCCAGUCCGGAUCGUCCCUGGUGAACAUCAAUCGGAAGGAGACGCCCCAGCUGCAGCAUCUGCUACCGUCCAGCAAGUACAAGAAGAUGUACGACCACAGCCCGCACGAGGUGUUUGUGCAGCUGGACGAGCUGACGGGCAGCGGGGAGGACCGGGAGUGGAAGGAGACGGCCCGCUGGAUCAAGUACGAGGAGGACGUGGAGGAGGGUGCGGACCGGUGGGGCCGGCCGCACGUCGCUUCCCUAUCGUUCCACUCGCUGCUGAAUCUGCGCCGCUGCCUCGAGACGGGCGUCGUGCUGAUGGACCUCGAGGAGAAGGAUCUGCCCUCGGUGGCUUAUCGAGUGGUCGAGCAGAUGGUGGUUGAUGAGCUGAUCCAUGAGGAUGAUAAGGCGGUCAUCAUGCGGGCACUACUGCUGCGCCAUCGGCACGUCAACGAAAGCUCGCACGGCGGGUUCUCGUUCGGUCCGAAGCGGAAGUACAGCAGCUACACGAGUCUUCAGUCACUGUCGAUGCGUGCCGAGGACGGUGGCAAUGGCGAGGUGAUCGUAGGCGUUAGGCGAUUGAAUUCCUUCGUAAGCCCUACCCAGAGCUACACGCUCAGUCCGCCCUCGCUGCACCCGAACUCGGUGUACGGUCAGAGUCCGAACCUUUCCUCCCGCAACCAUCCGCCGACACCGCAGCCGGGUCCUCCGAAGGACCGUCACGCAAGGCACACAUCCAACCAUGGCCGGUGCAGACGUUCCGGCAGCCAGGACAGCAGCAGCACGGCAACGGCCGCAACAGCCGCUUCGGCCGCAACAGCAGCAGCAGCAGCAGCAGCAGCACCGGUGACACUAACCACGGUCACCUGUGCCGUUGGUAUGCGACGAAAUAACUCACCUUUAUCGCUGACAGUUAGUGUCGAUGACAAGAAGCCUCGCAUUGUGCCGGCGGCCGAAAUCAACGGCCACGGUGGGCAUGGUGAGACGAGGAUCAACAUCAACGAGGAAACGUACACCUCCUCCCAGGAAGACAUCAAGAUGCGCACGCAGAAGGAAUCGAUCCUGAAGCGCAUUCCUGAGGGUGCCGAAGCGACGACGGUCCUCGUCGGCGCGGUAGACUUUCUCGAACAACCGACGAUCGCUUUCGUGCGGUUGGCGGAAGGUAUACCGAUGCCGAGCAUUACGGAAGUGCCGAUCCCCGUACGCUUCCUGUUCAUUCUGCUCGGCCCGCAGAAGACCGAGCUGGACUACCAUGAGGUUGGUCGGUCGAUCGCUACGCUCAUGUCGAACGAGCAUUUCCACGACAUCGCCUACAAGGCGGACGAUCGGCGCGAGCUGCUGUCCGCCAUCAACGAGUUCCUGGACGAUUCGAUCGUGCUGCCGCCGGGCAAAUGGGAACGCCAGGCGCUGCUUCCGUUCGAGGAACUUAAAGCGAAGAGUGACAUGAUCCGGUUGCGCAAGAAGAAAGCACUGGACGAGAAGAUCAAGAGCAAACAGUCGCAGCUGCUGACGAGCGAGGAGGAGAAGAAGCUGCUGGCGUCGAGCGGUGGCGAUGGUGGAGGCGAUGGGAAGAAACCGCCAAAGAAUCCGCUCGAAAAGACGAACCGUUUGUGGGGCGGGCUGAUCAACGACAUCAAGCGACGGUAUCCGAUGUACAAGAGUGACAUCAUGGACGGGCUCAACACGGAAACGCUGGCCGCGACUAUCUUCAUGUACUUUGCGGCCCUCUCGACGGCCAUCACCUUUGGAGGAUUGUCCUCCGACAAGACGCACAACUUGAUUGGAAUUUCGGAAACGCUUGUGUCGGCUUCGAUGGUGGGCCUGGUGUUUCAUCUUCUCGCCGGCCAGCCGUUGGUGAUCAUCGGCACCACCGGUCCUCUACUUCUGUUUGAUGAGGCGCUGAAUCAGUUCUGCAUCUCGAACGACUUCAACUUCCUGACGGUACGGGUGUACGUUGGAUGCUGGUUGGCGGUGAUCGCACUGGUUGUGUCCGCGUUUGAGGGCAGCGUGUACGUGCGAUUGUUUACGCGCUUCACCCAGGAAAUCUUCUCGGCACUCAUCACGCUGAUCUACAUCGUGGAAACUGUCAUGAAGUUGGUGUCCGUGUACAAACGCCAUCCACUGUUGGCGGAGUAUUCGUACAAGAACAUCACCGAGCCACAGCCGUUGCCGAUGCCGUAUCUGGAGGAAGGCAACGGUACCACAGCGGCUGGCCUGCUUGCCGAGAGUCUUACGACGGUGGUGAACGCAACGUUGGGAAUUCCGGUCGAUCCCGACAACCUGCUCAUCCCGGAGGACGGUAUUGGACCACGGAACCGGCCCAACACGGCACUGUUCUGUACCAUCCUUACCCUCGGUACGUUCUCCUUGGCGUACUAUCUGAAGCUGUUCCGCAACUCGCACUUCCUCGGCCGUAACGCGCGUCGUGCGCUGGGUGACUUUGGAGUACCGAUCUCGAUCGCGCUGUUUGUGCUGGUGGACUACAUGAUCCCGGAGGUGUUCACGGAGAAGCUGAGCGUGCCGGAGGGUCUCUCGCCGAGUGAUGAAACACGCCGUGGAUGGAUCAUUCCGCUCGGAGGCGUUCCUGGCUGGUUACCGUUCGUGGCCGGCAUUCCCGCCCUGCUGGUGUACAUUCUGAUCUUCAUGGAGACGCACAUUUCCGAGCUGAUUGUGGACAAGCCGGAGCGUGGCUUGAAGAAGGGUUCCGGGCUGCACAUGGACAUUGUGUUGCUGUGCUUCCUCAACACGGUCUGCGGGUUCUUCGGUAUGCCGUGGCAUUGUGCCGCCACUGUCCGUUCGGUGACGCACGUGUCAGCCGUCACCAUUAUGUCGAGAACUCAUGCUCCAGGAGAUGCGCCACACAUUACGGACGUGAAGGAGCAAAGAAUUUCUGGCUUUUUCGUGUCGCUGAUGGUGGGACUCUCGGUAACGAUGGCUCCGAUCUUGCGCUUGAUCCCGAUGUCAGUGUUGUUCGGAGUGUUCCUGUACAUGGGCAUAGCUUCCAUGAGCGGAGUUCAGUUCUUUGAACGCUUGCGGUUGUACCUAAUGCCCGUGAAGCAUCAUCCCCAAGUGCCGUUCGUGCGGCGAGUACCGACAUGGAAGAUGCAUCUGUUCACCUUCGUGCAGAUACUGGCACUGGCCAUGCUGUGGGCCGUCAAAUCGUCUCCCUUCUCGCUGGCAUUCCCCUUCUUCCUGAUCAUGAUGGUACCGAUUCGGAAGCAGCUGGAAAGUGUCUUUUCUCCGCUGGAGUUGCGUGCGCUUGACGGCAGUCAACCGAACGAAGGUGCAGAGGAUGAACCCGAUUUCUACGAACAGGCUCCAAUUCCUGCUUAAUCGCAGUACAGAGAAACAUUCUUGAAGGAGCAUUGGUUUUGCUUUGAAAGCUGACGAUCGUUGAAUAACGAUAAAGACUUAAUUUGAUUGAUUUCAUGAUUUUAACUACCGAGCGUUGCGUUCCGUCUUGAACGAGCGCUCGUCUUACUAAACACAAGACCUAAAGCGACACGCAAACAGCAAGAUAUAUUUAUUACAAUAAUAACUAAACAGCACCAGCAGCAGUAGCAAGGCAAAAGAUCGAUACAACACCGAAUCAAAACUGUUGACAACAAUUUUCACGUAAUAUAUCUUUAUACAUUUCCUCUAAAGACCUCUCCUUUACGUAACGAAAUUAUUAGAAGUAACGUAGGAAAUUCGAUAAAACAAGUAGCAUAAAUCAAAAUGGGCCGCUAUCCCACAAGGGGAGAGGCAUUCGCAGGAAGGAGGAAGUUAGUGCGGAAGGAUCUUGCCGAUCAAACCUAAACAAAAAGGAAAAAGGGAGGAAACUGAGUGAGUGUGUGAGUGUGCGUGUGCGUGUCUACAACAGUCUGUGAUCAGUAUUACUUACAGGAAGCGAAGGAACUUGCAUGAGAGAAUCACGCGUGCGGUCAUCCCGCCAAACGUUUGCUGGUUGGUAAAGGAAAAGGCGCACAGCAAAAGCAAAAGUAGCAUUACAAAUCCAGAACACAUCAGUGGCCCCCGUUUUUCGGUUGCCGUCUCAUUUACCUUUUGCUCCUUACAACAACAAAAAAACUCACAUCACUUAAUGGAAUGCAAGAGCUCCGGCCAGUGGCCAGCGAUCAGGGAUACUAAGGAAGGUUAUUUGUGGCAAGGACAACUCUUUUACGGCUCAAACGAGAUGGAUGAAACUGUGUAUUUUUGUGACGUAUUUAAAGCUCGAUUGUGUCGGCGUGUAAAGGUGGGACGAGAUUGUUGAUGUUGUAGUUGUGUUGUAGUGUUGGCCAAGCCAAAACAGCAGAACAGAGCCCCGAUCACCCUGUGUGUGUAGGGAUGAAUUUGUUUCGUUUAUGUUUGUUGUUGAUGAACAGAUUAUAUUUUCCACACAUAGAGAGGAAGAGCGAAAGAGAGAGAGAGAGACAGAGUUAUAUGUAUUCACAUUUUGCUUCGCUCGAAAGACAGUUAGAACGCGCCAAACAGGGCCAAUGCCUCAAGGAGGGUUACUUAACGCUAGUGGACCACUGCACCCGCGGAUGGAACGAUCCUGCACGUUUCCGGACCGGCACGUGUGCAGUGGCCAAACGGGAGAAGAAGGGACACGUUUAUGAAGGAGAAUUUUAUCUUACUUCAAUAUUUUUUUUUAGAUAGCCUGUAACUAUUAGCGAGAAAGAGAGCGUGUGCGAUCGUCCCUCUCUACGGAGGGUUAGUAGCUGAGGGCACGGCACGUGUAGCGUGCGUGUCGUAGAAAACCAAGCUCUUGGCAUUACUUACACUAGAUUAGUGGCAUAUAUAGACGGUACGAAUUGAAAAUCAUUCUUCAAUUUCUUGCGCCAUCUUGAGGACAUUAUUAGCCUUCUGAUAGCGUGUUAGCGAGGACCGAACCAACCCGGUACAAACAAUAAAAACUAAACCAUAUUUCA